GUUUUCCUCGCACUCUCGCACCCGUGCCGACCUUCCUUGACCCAGCCGCCGCCGUGCCGAUCAACACGUCGGUUAAUAAUUUUCCCAACAAGAACCGCGUGCGUACGAGCCAUAGGACCGGAUGGGUAUGAGACGCACGCGAUCGCGCGACCGGGUCCUCGCUUUUACUGCUUCCUUCCUCCCUUUCUCCUCUUUUGCAUCAGCGAGGUGCAACUGUUAUAUUCUCUUCUUCGCGUUGUCCCACUGUUAUAUUGCCGCAGGUGCCUUGAACUCCUUAUCUUCCUGGUGUGCUCCUGCCCGAUCCCCACCCGCGGAUCCUCGGACCUUGCCUAGCUUCGUCCAGGAACAGGAGUUUCCCCGAAAAGUAACUGCCCUUCUCGGUUGAUAACUGCCGCGGCACCAAGAUUUCAGUCACCAUGAGCGGGAAGCGAUCCUUCUUCGCAUCCAAGAAGAAGGCCACCAAUCCUUUCGACUCCGACUCCGACGACGGCGACAAGCAGCAGCAGCAGCGGCCGGCGCGGGCCUCCUCCGUGCCGCCCCCGACCGAACAGCGGGACUCCCUCUUCGGCGCCGGCGCCGGCGGCCAAGACAUGGGCGGGCUCUUCUCCUCCUCGGCGGCGCCGAGGAAUAGCCACUACCGAAACGACUUCCGAGACGCCGGCGGCCUGGAGGGCCAGUCGGUGCAGGAGCUGGAGGGCUACGCGGCGCACAAGGCCGAGGAGACCACGCGGCGGGCUCAGGGAUGCGUCAGGAUAGCCGAGGGGAUGAGGGAUACCGCGUCCAAGACCCUCGUCACCGUCCACCAGCAGGGGCAGCAGAUCCACCGCACGCACAUGAUGGCCGUCGACAUCGACCAGGACCUCUCCAGGAGUGAGAAGCUAUUGGGUGAUCUUGGGGGUCUAUUUUCCAAGAAGUGGAAGCCAAAGAAGAACGGCACAAUCAGGGGUCCUAUGCUAAGUAGAGAUGAUUCCUUCAUAAGAAAGGGCAGUCAUUUGGAGCAAAGGCAGAAAUUAGGGCUGGCGGAUCAUCCGCCUCGAUUGAACGCGCCCGAAUUUAGUUCUGAACCUACAUCAGCAUUUGAGAAAGUUGAGAUGGAGAAGGCAAAGCAGGAUGACGCUCUUUCUGAUCUAAGCGACAUACUGACCGAGCUGAAAGGGAUGGCCGUUGACAUGGGCUCUGAGAUUGAGAGGCAAACAAAGGCAAUGCGCGAUGCAGAGAAGGAUUAUGACGAGCUGAACUUCAGGGUAAAGGGAGCAAACACUCGAGCUCGCCGUCUGCUUGGGAGAUAAAAAGAAUAAAUUCUUGUCUCUAGAUGAUUCAUAUGACAUAGACUAAUCUUCAGGGUGCUCUGCACUCCUCUUUUGCACUAUAUGGAGCAUCAAUUCUGAUGACUUUGUGCAUCGGAUUUUGAACAAUAUGGUUGGCUGUGGACGUUUCAGCGUGUAUUGUACAUAUGCCAUUAGACAGUAAUGUAUCUUUAAUCUGCCAAUUGUUUAAAAUUGUAUGAGUUUAUUUA